AUGCUGGUGCCCAGUUGGCCGGCUUGCUUGAUGUGCAUCAGUCCGUUAGGACGUCAAAACUCAAAAGGCAAACUUUUUCACCAAAAGGUCGAGCUAGGACACAAGGAUAAUCUGACGAAACUCAACCUUGAAAUGGAGAGACUUAUGGAGGACCUCAAAGCGGUGGGUUUUGGGCGAGGUGAGGUGCUGCGGGAAGGGGUUGGGUGCGGCUCCGGCAUCUCUCGGCCUCUGGCUGGAGUGGCUAGACCGACUUCUUCGAAUUUUCUCCCUUCCCAGGUUCUCUGGUUCCUUCUAGGGAUACUCACCGACUGGUACGGUGUUGCUAGUGGUGUUAGUCGACCCGGAACAGUGAUGGCUGGGUACCCUCUCUGGAGCGGGGUCCUGGGAGUUUGCCGUUGGUACUGGGUUGCUAGUGGUUCGUCGCCAUCACAACCGCCGCAUUUUAGCAAAGCGUCGGCCAUGGCGAACUCCACUCAGCUGAAAUCCGAUGCUUUAAUGGAGCAGAUGAAGCUCCACAUGUCCACUGAUGCUGGGAAACAACUUACGAAGAAAAUCGGUCUUGUUUAUCAGAUCAAUAUUGCACCUAAGAAACUUGGAUUCAACGAGAAGUCAUUCGUAGUUGAUUUGAAGAAAGGGGAGGUGAAGGAAGGGAUCUAUGAAGAUGGGAAGCCAGAUGCAACAUUCUCCUUUACUGAUGACGAUUUCGUCAAGGUUGCCAGUGGGAAGAUGAAUCCUCAGAUUGCUUUCAUGAGGGGCGCGAUGAAGAUAAAGGGUAGUAUCAGUGCAGCACAGAAGUUUACCCCCGACAUUUUCCCGAAGCCGUCAAAGAUGUGA